GAGCCUUGCUGCGGCUGCAGCGCCAUUCUCUUCUUUCCCCAUCCCCUAGGAUUAGAGCGGGCGCGCCCCCCUCCUCCCCUUUGGCUGCUGCAGCCCCUGCGUUGUGUGACUGAGAAGCUCCUGAGGGCGAGGCAUGAAGCUGAGCAAAGCCCAGUAUGAUGAAAUAGCCCAGUUCCUGGGGCACGUGCAGCCCACCAGACAGAGCCUGAGGAAGCUGAAGGAGAGAUUCCCUAGUCAAUCGCAGUCCACUCUGCUGAGCAUCUUCUCCCAGGAGUACCAGAAACAAAUCAAAAGAACACAUGCAAAGCAUCACACUGCUGAGGCUAUUGAAACUUACUACCAAAGGUACCUGAGUGGGGUGAUGAAAAAUGCAGCUGCCCCUGUACUACUGGAGCUAGCCAAUGAGGUGGACUUUGCACCAUCAUUGAUGGCUCGAAUUGUGCUAGAAAGAUUUCUACAAGAGCAAGAGGGAACUAUCCCUUCCAAGACUCUUAUAAAUAGUAUGCUGCGGGACCCUUCUCAGAUUCCAGAUGGAGUUCUAGCAAAUCAGGUCUAUCAGUGUACUGUGAAUGACUGUUGUUAUGGACCACUGGUGGACUGCAUCAAACAUGCUAUUGGGCAUGAGCAUGAAGUCCUGCUGCGAGAAAUGCUGCUGGAGAAAAAUCUCUCUUUCUUAGCUGAAGAACAGCUUCGUGCAAAGGGUUAUGACAAAACACCAGAUUUUAUUUUAGAAGUGCCGGUAGCUGUUGAAGGACAUAUAAUUCACUGGAUUGAAAGCAAAGCUUCAUUUGGUGAUGAAUGUAGUCACCAGGCCUAUCUGCACGACCAGUUCUGGAGCUACUGGAAUAGAUUUGGUCCUGGAUUAGUCAUCUAUUGGUAUGGAUUUAUUGAGGAGUUGGACUGCCAUCGUGAACGUGGUAUCCUGCUAAAAGACUGCUUUCCUACUGAUAUUGUAACUCUGCGACACAGCAUGGCUCAACACUGA